AUGACCAGUAGCUUUCGGAAAGCCUGGAACCUCCUUCCUGUUGACCUCCUGCACAAACAUAGAGGCACUGGAACUGGCACCUUGUUUUAUUACGUAUCGGCAGCUCAAUAUUUCUGGCUGGUGAAACAACCACAUUUAAUACUCUUCUUUUUGGUCGUUAUAAUAUCAUUUAUUCUCUAUGUUAAAUUUGCUCCUGACAAACCUGAAGGAACAAUUGAUCCGCCAGGACCGAAAGGAUAUCCUAUAAUAGGAAACUUACUGGAAUUGGACCCCAAGACGCCGCAUUUGUCAUUGGCGGCGAUGGCGAAAAAAUAUGGACCAAUAUUUUCUUUGAAAUUAGGCUCCGUGUACACAGUGGUUUUCAGUAGUGAAAAAUUAAUAAGGCAAAUCUUAGGACAGCAAGUUAUCACUGGAAGGGCUCCUCUAUAUGUUACACAUGGAAUUAUGGAAGGAAAAGGUAUAAUAUGUUCACAAGGUGAACUAUGGUACGAGCACAGACGUUUUCUUUUAUCAUGGCUUAAAGCUACUGGCAGAAUGUUUUUUGGACCUGAAAAAAACAAUUUGGAGACCCAUACAAAAAUGUAUGGCCCAUUAUAUAAAUGUCUCCAGUGCAAUCAUUAUGCCUUAGGUGACAUCAUGAAUCAACUGGUUUUUGGAGUAAGUUGGCCGGAAGAUCAUCCUACCUGGAAAUAUCUGGUGCACUUGCAGGAGGAAGGGAUUAAACACAUGGGAGUCUGCGGUCCUGUUAAUUUUAUACCCAUUUUGAGAUUUUUACCAUCCAAUUUCAAGACCUUGCGUUUUCUCCUAGAUGGCAAAAGGAAAACUCACCAAAUCUACGACACAAUUAUUAAUAAUCACAGACUCAAAAUGGAUGUCAGGUCUCGUCAACCUUGCGACCUUAAAACCGCAGAUUUCAAAGUUAUCCAUGAUCCAGCUUUCGAAAAAAUUGUAGAAAAAUUAAAAAACAAGGAACUGCUCAAUGCUUCUGAUAAUGAAUACUUGAGCGCUGAUUGUGUUUUGGAUUAUUAUCUGUACGAAGAAGUUCGGAGACAAGAUGAGGAGUUUUCCGAUGAGAGUCAAUUAAGACACGCCCUGGCUGAUAUGUGGGGAGCUGGUGUAGAUACCACGGCGGCAACUUUAAGAUGGCUUCUGGUAUUUCUGGCAGUUCAUCAAGAUUGCCAAGAAAAGGCAAGAAAGGAUCUACCAAAAGACAGACCAAUUUGUGCCAAAGAUAGAACACAGGCUACUUAUCUUCAAGCUUGCAUUCUGGAAACACAGAGGAUGAGGAGCGUUGUGCCACUAGGAAUUCCACACGGAGCAAUGGAGGAUACUUUAAUAUCAGACUAUUACAUUCCAAAAGGAACUAUGGUAAUUCCUUUCCAAUGGGCCCUACACAUGGAUCCUGAUCUAUGGCCGGAACCGGAAAAAUUUAAACCGGAACGAUAUUUAGAUGAAAAUAAUCAAAUUAAAUUACCUGGAAACUUGCUACCAUUCCAAGCUGGAAAACGUGUUUGUCUAGGAGAAGAACUAGCAAGGACUUUACUAUUCAUCGGUGCAGGAACAAUUCUUCAGCAAGUCAAUGUUUCGAUGCCUGAAAAUUAUUCAAAAAGUGAUGUCGAAAGUAUAUUGGAUGGAAUUUGUGGAUUGACAAUGGUUCCAGGUGACCAUAAAUUGCACAUAACCAAAGUUGUAACAAGGGAUCAAUAA